CCCGGUACGCUCUGGAAUUCCGAGACUUUUUCAGCGGAGCUCUGCCUCACUCACUGGCCGCAGGGACGAAAAGCGCUCCGACGCAGAAACGCUCGACGACCACGACGACAGCAACCACAACCGCAAAGACAACAACGACUUGAAGACGAAGAACAACUUGACGACGUGCGUUGGCGCAUCCCGGAGAGUCGUCGAGGCUCGCCGCCUUUCCUGAGCGUCCUUCCCGUCAGGUGGUCGCCGCCGCCGCCGCCAUGUCCCAGUGGUCGCAGCUGGCCUUGCUGCUCUGGAAGAACUUGACGUACCGUCGUAGGCAGAAGCUCCAGCUGCUGGUCGAGAUCGUUUGGCCGCUGCUCAUCUUCUUCAUCCUGAUCGGAGUGCGCCUCAGCUACCCGCCGUACGAGCAGCACCAAUGUCACUUCCCCAACAAGGCCAUGCCGUCGGCGGGCACCUUGCCGUGGAUUCAGGGCAUCCUCUGCAACGCCAACAACCCGUGCUUCCGCGGACCCACGCCGGGCGAGUCGCCGGGCGUGGUCGGCAACUUCAACGACUCCAUAAUCUCUCGUCUGUUCUCCGACGCCAAGAAGAUUCUUCUGUACAGUCAGAAUGACAAGAACUUGGAGGGCUUCAAGGAGCUCGCGCGAGCCCUCCGAAAGCUUCAGAGCAGCAGAACAGGUUUCAAGUUAAAACACUUCCUGCGAGAUGAUGAGACUUUGUCCAGCUUCCUGUUGAGGAACAGGAACGUGUCCUUCUCUCCGCCUGUGGUGGCUAACAUCCUGGAGGCUGAUGUCGACCUGGAGAAGGUCCUCCUGAAAGGCUUCGGCGUCCACCUGCGUGACGCCUGUCCUCACAGGCCAGGCGGCCGCAGCGUGCACGAGUUUGUCAACAUCACGGACCCCCAAGCCGCCAUGAUGGUGCAGGCAGUGGUGUGCGGUGCCCCGACCGUGUGGCUCGACCACGCCGAGCGCAACUUCUUGGACAACGUGGACUUCCUCAAACCUAUCGUGAGGGACGUCAGAUCAGACCCUGAAGCCAUUCAGGAUGUUUCCGUGGCAACCAAUAAACUGCUGGACAGUCUCAGCUCCCUGGCUGUGGAGUUGGCCGGCAUGAAGAGCUGGAUGGAUCUGAGGAACGAGAUCAUCUUCCUGACGCGCAACGCCACGUCCUCGCCCAGCGCCAUGUACCAAGCCGUGUCGCGCAUCGCCUGCGGCCAUCCCGAGGGCGGCGGCUUGCAGAUCAAAUCCCUCAACUGGUACGAGGACAGCAACUACAAGGCGCUCUUCGGGAACCACAACAGCAGCGAGGACGACGCCGCGCAGCACUACGACAACUCCUCCACUCCUUUCUGCAACAGUCUGGUGAGGGACAUGGAUUCCAAUCCCAUGUCCAGAAUGAUCUGGGAGGCCGUGAAGCCGCUGCUGAUGGGGAAGAUUCUCUACACUCCCGACACGCCCGCCACUCGCCGGGUCAUCCACGAGGUGAACCGGACAUUUCAGGAGCUAGGCGUGUUCAGGGACUUGGAAGGAAUGUGGGAAGAGAUGAGACCCAAAGUUUGGAACUUCCUGGAGAACAGUGAACAGAUUAACCUGAUCCGGUCCCUGCUGAAAAACAACGUGACCGCCAGAUACUUCCACGCUCACUUGGCCGACACCGACUGGACGGUGGCCGACGUCUCCAACUUCCUGUCCAGGCACGCCGACGAGCGGCGAGCCACCAGCGGCGCCAUUACCUGGAGGGACGUCUUCAAUGAGACGGACCAGGCCGUCACUGGCAUCGCUCGCUUCAUGGAGUGUGUGAAUCUGGACAAGCUGGAGCCCGUCCCCACUGAGGAGCACAUGAUCAACGACUCCAUGGUUCUGCUGGAGGACAGGAAGUUCUGGGCCGGGAUCGUCUUCCUAGACGUUGGCGCCAAUGCCACUGAGCUUCCCUCCAACGUCAGCUACAAAAUCCGCAUGGACAUCGACAACGUGGAGCGGACCAAUAAGAUCAAAGACGCGUACUGGGACCCAGGUCCUCGUGCCGACCCCUUUGAGGACAUGCGCUAUAUUUGGGGCGGGUUCUCCUACCUGCAAGAUGUCAUUGAGCAGGCCCUGGUCCGAGCCAUGACGGGCACCAAGGAGAAAAUGGGCGUCUACAUUCAGCAGAUGCCCUACCCGUGCUACGUGGAUGACAUCUUCCUGCGUGUGAUGAGCCGCUCCAUGCCGCUCUUCAUGACGCUGGCCUGGAUGUUCUCCGUCUCCAUCAUCCUGAAGAGCGUGGUGUACGAGAAGGAGGCGCGUCUGAAGGAGACCAUGAGGAUCAUGGGAUUGGACAACGGCAUCCUGUGGUUCAGUUGGUUCAUCAGCAGCCUGAUUCCGCUGCUCAUCAGCGCCGGGCUGCUGGUUCUGAUGCUCAAGAAAGGAAACUUGCUGCCGUACAGCGACACCGGUGUGGUCUUCCUCUUCCUGGCCUCCUUUGCCGUGGUGACCAUCAUGCAGUGCUUUCUCAUCAGUACGGCAUUUGCUCGAGCCAAUUUGGCCGCAGCCUGCGGAGGAAUCAUCUACUUCACGCUGUACUUGCCUUACGUACUUUGCGUGGCCUGGCAGGACCACAUCGGCUUUGCCGCCAAAGUCUUUGCGAGUCUCCUGUCCCCCGUGGCCUUCGGGUUUGGCUGCGAGUACUUUGCUCUGUUUGAAGAGCAGGGCGUCGGCAUCCAAUGGAAGAACCUGGUGGCGAGUCCCCUGGAGGAAGACGACUUCAGCCUGCGCACUGCCAUCAUCAUCAUGUACUUUGACUCCUUCCUGUACGGACUCCUGACCUGGUACAUCGAAGCCGUCUUUCCAGGCCAAUACGGCAUUCCUCGGCCGUGGUACUUCCCCUUCACCAAGUCCUACUGGCUCGGAGACCAGGACAAGUCCAACAAAAUCCCUCUGAACCACAGAGGCAACCCUGUUGCCGUGUGCAUGGAAGAGGAACCCGCUCAUAUUGAGCCCGGCGUCUACAUCGAGAAUCUGGUGAAAGUCUACCGACACGGAAAGAAGCCGGCGGUGGACGGACUGACUCUGGGCUUUUACGAGGGACAGAUCACCUCCUUCUUGGGACACAAUGGUGCCGGGAAGACGACCACCAUGUCCAUCCUAACCGGUCUGUUCCCACCCACCUCCGGUACCGCCUACAUUCUGGGCCGAGACAUCCGCACGGACCUGAGCGCCAUCCGGCAAAGUCUGGGCGUCUGCCCUCAACACAACGUCCUCUUCAGCAUGUUGACGGUGGAAGAGCACAUCUGGUUCUACGCUCGACUCAAAGGCCUGUCGAAGGAGCAGGUGAAAGGCGAGAUCGAGCAGAUCCUCCACGACACGGGCCUGCCGCACAAGCGCAAAUCCAAGACCAGCACGCUCUCCGGCGGCAUGCAGAGGAAGCUAUCCGUCGCUUUGGCCUUUGUCGGGGGUUCAAAGGUCGUCAUCUUGGAUGAGCCCACGGCUGGAGUCGAUCCUUACGCCCGAAGAGGCAUCUGGGAUCUGCUGCUGAAAUACCGCCAGGGUCGCACCAUCAUCCUGUCCACGCACCACAUGGACGAGGCCGACAUCCUGGGCGACCGCAUCGCCAUCAUCUCGCACGGGAAAUUAUGCUGCGUUGGCUCGUCGCUCUACCUCAAAAACCAGCUGGGGACGGGCUACUACCUGACCCUGGUCAAGAAAGACCCCGAACCCUCGCUCAACUCCUACAGGAACUCAUCCAGCACCGUCUCCCUCACCAAGAAGGACGAGAACGGUUCCGUCAGCAGCAGUGACGCCGGACUGGGCAGCGAGCAGGAGAGUGAGGCCACCACCAUUGAAAACGGUCAGGCAGCGUCGGUCUGCGACGCGCCGCUCCCCCCGGUUGACACCUCCCAGGUGACCGGACUGAUCCUGCGCCACAUCCCCGCCGCCCGCAUGGUGGAGGACCUCGGGCACGAGCUGACCUUCGUCCUGCCUUACUCGGCCGCCAAGGACGGAGCCUUCGUGGAGCUUUUCCGAGAAAUGGACGACAAGCUGAGCGACUUGAACAUCUCCAGUUACGGCGUGUCCGACACCACCUUGGAGGAGAUUUUCCUGAAAGUGGCCGAAGAUAACGGCGUGGACACGGACGUGCCCUCAGAUGGAACGCUCCCCGUCCGGCGACGACGGCGGACUCACGCCUUCGGAGGAGGCGACCCUCAGAGCUGCCUGAGGCCUCUGACGGACGAGCGGGACGACGACGACGGGUCCGACAGCGAUUUCGAGAGUCGGGAAACGGACAGGUUGAAUUGCGUCGGUGGGAAAGGAUCGGCCAAAGCGAGUGGCUGGAAUCUGAGGAAACAACAGUUUGUGGCGCUCAUGUGGAAGAGAUUCCUUUACGCCCGGCGCUCCCGCAAAGGAUUCUUCGCUCAGAUCGUCCUCCCCGCCGUCUUUGUCUGCAUCGCGCUCGUCUUCAGUCUCAUCGUCCCCCCUUUUGGGAAAUAUCCCAGUUUGGAACUGCAGCCCUGGAUGUACGAAGACCAGGUCACUUUCUUCAGUGACGACGCGCCGGGAGACGCCACCAUGCAGAAGUUGCUGGCUUCCCUUUUGGAUCCGCCGGGACUGGGGACGCGUUGCAUGUUGGGACAUCCUGUCCCAGAGGCGCCGUGCACGAUGGGGGACGACGACUGGAGUGUUCCGGAAGUCCCCGACAGCGUCAGGCAGCUGUUCUCUUUCGGAAACUGGACCAUGGAAGACCCGUCCCCGGCCUGUUCCUGCAGCUGCGACGGCAAGAAGAAAAUGUUGCCCGAUUGCCCCGCCGGCGCCGGAGGGAUGCCCCCGCCCGAGAUGAAGUUGAGUUCCACCGACACACUGCAGAACCUGACGGGGCGGAACAUCUCCGACUAUCUGGUCAAAACGUACGCGCAGAUCAUCGGCAAGAGUUUGAAGAACAAAGUUUGGGUCAACGAGUUCAGGUACGGAGGCUUCUCGUUGGGUGCCAGGAGCACUCAGGUCCUCCCGCCGGCCGGCGAGGUCGACGACGCCAUCGAGCGCAUCCGGAAAAUCUUUGAACUCGCCAAGGGAGGCGCCGCCGAUCGCUUUCUUGACAAUUUGUCGGGCUUCAUCAACGGUUUGGACACCAAAAAUAACGUCAAGAUCUGGUUCAACAACAAAGGCUGGCACAGCAUGGGCUCCUUCAUUAACGUGAUGAGCAACGCCAUCCUGAGGGCCAACCUCCCUCCCGGCGAAGACGCCAGCCGCUUCGGAAUCCGAGCUUUCAACCAUCCACUUAAUUUGACCAAGGAGCAGCUGUCCCAGGUGGCGCUGGUCACGACCUCAGUGGACGUGCUGGUGUCCAUCUGCGUGAUCUUUGCCAUGUCCUUCGUCCCGGCCAGCUUUGUGGUCUUCCUCAUUCAGGAGCGCGUGAGUAAGGCUAAGCACAUGCACUUCAUCAGCGGCGUCCACCCACUCCUCUACUGGACCACCAACUUCAUCUGGGACAUGUGCAACUACAUCGUCCCGGCGACGCUGGUCGUUCUCAUCUUCGUGUGUUUCCAACAAAAAGCUUACGUCUCCUCCACAAACCUGCCCGUGCUUGCGCUGCUUCUUCUGCUCUACGGGUGGUCCAUCACGCCGCUGAUGUACCCGGCGUCGUUCCUCUUCAGCAUCCCCAGCACGGCCUACGUGGUCCUCACCAGCGUCAACAUCCUCAUCGGCAUCAACGGCAGCAUCUCCACCUUCGUCAUGGAGCUCUUCGGGGAUCAUGAGAUCGGAGGCAUCAACGACAUCCUGAAGAACGUCCUGCUCAUCUUCCCUCACUUCUGCUUGGGGCGAGGCCUCAUCGACAUGGUGAAAAACCAGGCCAUGGCCGACGCGCUGCAGAGAUUCGGAGAGAACAGGUUGCGUUCACCUCUGGAAUGGGACAUGGUGGGAAAGAAUUUGUUCGCCAUGGCGGUGGAGGGCGCCGUCUUCUUCAUCAUCACUGUCCUCAUACAAUACAGAUUCUGUGUCAAACCCAGGCCAGUGAGUCACAUGACCAAACUGGGAGUUCUGGGAGAGGAGGACGAAGACGUGGCUCGGGAGAGGCAGCGCAUCGUACAUGGACUCGGACAAGGACACAUCCUGGAGCUCCGACAACUCACCAAGGUGUUCAAAAGGAAACAGAAGCCGGCAGUCGAUCGACUUUGUGUUGGAAUUCCUCCUGGCGAGUGCUUCGGUCUGCUGGGCGUGAAUGGAGCCGGAAAGACAACGACCUUCAAAAUGCUAACGGGCGACACCAUGGUAACCAGCGGGGAGGCCUUCCUGGCUGGAAAGAGCAUCCUGCGGGAGCUGGAUCAGGUCCACCAGAACAUGGGCUACUGCCCCCAGUUUGAUGCCAUCAACGAACUGCUGACAGGAAGAGAACAUCUGGAGCUGUACGCCAUCCUCAGAGGGGUUCCCGGCAAGGAAGUCUGCGACGUGGCCGAGUGGGGCAUCAGGAGGUUGGGCCUGCUCAAGUACGCCGACAAAGCCGCAGGAAGUUACAGCGGUGGCAAUAUGCGCAAACUUUCUACCGCCAUGGCGCUCAUCGGAGCACCGCCCGUCGUCUUCCUGGACGAGCCGACCACGGGGAUGGACCCCAAAGCUCGACGAGCCCUCUGGAACUGCAUCCUCGGCGUCAUCAAGGAGGGACGCUCGGUGGUGCUCACCUCGCACAGCAUGGAGGAGUGUGAAGCAUUGUGCACCCGCAUGGCCAUCAUGGUGAACGGCAGGUUCAAAUGUCUCGGCAGCGUGCAACAUUUGAAGAGCAGGUUCGGCGACGGCUACACCAUCAUCCUGCGCGUGGCGGGCCCCGACCCCGAUCUCGUCCCCGUCAUGAAGUUCAUCGAGAGCGAGCUGAGCGGAAGCACGCUGAAGGAGAAACACCGAAACAUGCUCCAAUACCAGCUGCCGUCGUCACGAUGCUCGCUCACGCACAUCUUCUUCACCCUCGCCAACAACAAACACACGCUCAAGAUUGAAGACUACUCCGUCACGCAGACUACACUCGACCAGGUGUUCGUGAACUUCGCUAAGGACCAAAGCGACGACUAUCACUUGAAAGAUGCUCCCUCGUCUUCCUCCUCAACGAAGCGGCGCCGGGCCGGAAACGCAGUUCGCGUGGACCUUUCUCAUGCGGACCCCAGCAAAGAGAGCAUCAUGUGACCGCAUCAGGAGAGGGAUCACGUGACUUGCUAUUUGAUACCCGUCCACGCGACGGGCUAAGCGGACGCUCGUCGCCACGCAAUGCAAAUUUAUUUCCGCCGCCGGCGGUGGGUGGGCUUGGCCUCGCCGAACGGCGGAAGAAAAAAACUUGAAGCGGUGCCAGCGUGCGGCCGCCACGGAACGAUGUCGAAGAUUCCAAAUCAUUUCAAAUCAGAGUCGUUUAUUUUAUUUAUCUUUGUUAGACUGCCAAUCAAAGUGUUGUUGAUUUUUUUAAAAAAGAAAAUGUUUGAAAUUA